AUGGAGACGGCGAUGCAGGUGGAGGAGCUGACGUCGGGUGCGAGCGGCCGGAUAAUUCCGCUAUUCAGAAACGUCCGGCAGUCACUUCUAUCAUACGAUGCAUUUAGAAAAUCAUUCCUAUUAAUUUACUCGUUCUUCGUCUGGAUCCUCCUCCUUCUCCCUCGCCGCCGCCGCCUCUCCACAUCGCCGCCUUCAUCCCCCACCGUGGUGGUGGCGUCGGUGAAGCGGAGGAAGUUUGGACUAAGGAGAGAUGAGGAGGAUACGUUGAGGCGCAGGGUCCUUGCCGAGGCUAUAGAGAUGGUGGAGGAGGAUACCGGUGACUCUAACAGCCGGUGCCACUGGAGUACCUCGCUGUUUUUUGGUACUCGGCGCAAUGCUCUGUUCUGCAGGUCGUGGUUCCCGGCUUCCGGUGACUUAAAGGGUAUUCUGAUCAUCAUACAUGGACUUAACGAACACAGUGGACGAUAUGCUCAUUUUGCUAAACAAUUAGUCUCCUUCGACUUUGGGGUCUAUGCAAUGGACUGGACAGGUCAUGGGGGAAGUGAUGGAUUGCAUGGAUAUGUACCUUCAUUGGAUCACGUUGUUGCAGACACUGGAGCUUUCCUGGAAAAGAUCAAAUUGGAGAACCUUGGGGUACCAUGCUUCCUAUUUGGUCAUUCAACUGGAGGAGCAGUGGUUUUGAAGGCUGCUUCAUAUCCACAUAUAGAAGAAAUGUUGGAGGGAAUCAUAUUGACCUCACCAGCUUUGCGUGUCAAGCCUGCUCAUCCUAUUGUUGGGGCCGUGGCACCAAUCUUUUCACUGUUGGCUCCUAGGUUCCAGUUCAAAGGUGCUAACAAAAGGGGCAUCCCGGUUUCCAGGGAUCCUGCAGCACUCUUGGCCAAGUACUCAGAUCCAUUGGUCUAUACCGGACCAAUAAGGGUCCGAACUGGCCAUGAGAUCUUGCGCAUCUCUUCUUACUUGACCCGCAACUUCAAGUCCAUAACAGUUCCAUUCUUUGUCCUUCAUGGAACUGCAGAUAGAGUCACUGAUCCAUUAGCUUCUCAGGAUUUGUACGAUGAGGCAGCUUCCAAGUUUAAGGACAUUAAACUUUAUGAGGGCUUCUUGCAUGACCUCCUCUUCGAGCCUGAGCGUGAAGAAAUUGCUCAGGAUAUCAUCGAUUGGAUGGAGAAGCGAUUAAAUUCUAGCAAUGUUGUAGAACUAAGGAAUUCUCAAUUGGAAUUAAAUUUGCUUCGUAUUCGUGCAAGGAAUUGCAGUGUGUUUUGUGAUAGACGUUGGCUGCGUCGGGUGGAGAUUCGUGAUCCUGGGAAGAAAAGCCGUGUCUGGUUGGGCAAGUUCGACACGGCGGAGGCGGCGGUUAUUUCAGAUUUUGGUGAUGGAUCAGGCGCGGCGGCGCAGUGA